AUGUCAGGACGUCUGGAUGAGACAACUACCAAGAAAGAUAUUGGAAGGAGCUUGCGACAAGCAGUAAAUAUGAUACGAAUUGGGAAUCACGUUGUCAUCCAGAAAAUGGGAGGUGAACAUUUACGCGUGUGCAAGAUAUCACGAAAAACUAAAAUUUUAAUCGAAAAAUUACGAUUCGAAAUUGACGGUGCCAUUGAUCAACCGUACGGAUUGUUUGAGGUUUCUGCUGGAAAGUUAACACGUGUCGAACCAGAAAGCAUUACGGAUAUUGCUGCUACAUUCGAUUUUGAUACAGUUAGCACAAGUACAUCGUCCAAGCUAAAUGGUAUUGGCAAUGCACCAAACAUACCGAAAUCAUCGUUAGAGGAAACAGAUUACACAAAUCCAGUACAAGCAAGGCAAAAAGUGACACAGGACGAAAUAAUCAAGAUGAAAGAUACAGGCGUACCAGCGGAGCAGUUGAUAGCAAGAUUGGUUGAUGGUAGUGCAUCAUUUUCUGAGCGCACUGUUUACUCACAAAAUAAAUAUAUCAAUAAGAAAGCGAAGAAACAUUCAUAUCACGUUUAUCUUUUGAAACCAACUUUACGUUUAGUCGCCGAAUCUUACUAUAAAAAAGAUCCUGAAAGAGUUGCACAUCUGAGAAUCGAUUUGUUAUCUCAUCUGUUGGCUCUUAGUGGUGUACACUAUGGUUCACGUUGUGUUGUCUUCGAGCAGUGUUUGGGUUUAUUAACGUCUGCAGUGAUAACACGUUUGGGUGGAUCAGGAGCCUGUAUCCAUCUGCAUCGUGGAAAUAUAGCACAAGCAAUUCCAUGUGUUGAUAGUAUGGAUUUUGAUAAGGAGAUUAGUUCAGUAUUUUUGCCGUUGUGUAUAUCCAGUUUAUUGAAAGAGUCCAUGGAGGAACCUGAAGAACCUAUGAAUUUUGUUGCAAAGCAGUUUAUCACAGUGGAAGCAUGUGAUAAUAAACAGGAAGAAGUAAUGGGAAUGGAUGAAGGAAAACGUUUGUUCAAAAAAGGUGAAGGAGCAGCAAAGCAGUGGAAAGAAGACGACAAGGACAUUGCAAUUGUAGACGAUAGUGGAGAGGAUUUAUCUACGGUUGCUGAUAGUUCGUUAGAAAGAAGAACAGAAAAACAACGCUUGCAGAGACAGGCGUGGCAGUUAAUGCGAAGUGGUGAAAUUGAAAUAUUAUUCAUUGCUAGUAAAAAUAUCAAUCCGGUAGAAAUUUUGGAAAAAACGUGGUCAUUCUUGCGUCUGUCAUCAACAGUUGUUAUUUAUUGUCCAAUUGCUGAGCCAUUAUAUUCCGCAUAUUACUGGUUAAAAGCAAAGCAUGCGGUACAAGUGCACAUUGUAGAUGCUUUUUACCGUAGUCAUCAGGUGAUACAGGACCGCUCGCAUCCGAUUAUGCAACAGUUCAUCACCGGUGGUGUUAUUCUUUCGGCAAUCAAAGUAGAACAACGAUGA